UGUUUCUUUUGUAGUUGUACACCUGAACUGAUUUAUAUACGGUAAUCACUUUUAGAGUUUAUUUCUCGCGUCACAUAUUAGUUUUGUUGUUUCAAAAUUCUUUGUGAUAUCGCGGAAUGUUUGAUAAACAUUAGUAGGACACAUCACAAAACUCGUCGUUUCUAUUAAUAUUGCCUUGUUUGGGACUGAAUUAAAAUAUUGGAGGCUGUGACUAGUUUUGUUCGAAUGCUUUAUUGAUAAAUUGUUGUGGUUGAGCGUUUGGUUUUGUUGUGGAAGUAAUUAAAUCUCGUGUGUAGUACAGACGCCAUGUUGUUAUUUACGUUCUGAUUUGGCUGUGGUUCCCUGAUGGGGUAUUUGUUGUGGGGCGCGGUCGCGAGUGAGUGAGCAUGUUGGAGGAUGUGCCGGUGCACGGGAGCCGCAGCGACCUCAGAAAUACGAGAGCCGCCACGCACCAGAGGAAUUUCAGUUUGGACUUUCGACAUGUGACGAGUUCGAACGGGCCGCCGCCGGGAUGUGGCCAUCAGAGGAACAGAUCUCUCGACUCGGUGCUCCAGAGAAUUCCGGAGGACAUGACACCGACAUCUCCGGAGGGCGCGCCGCUGCGGCUGCCCAUGGAGAUACCCGCGCCGCGCUUAGCGUUGCCGCCAGAUGUACCCGCUGGCUCCGACGAUUCCGGUAUUCACACGCCGCCCGACGCCGCGGACGAAGAGCUUCCGCCGCCGCCCGCUGCAGCCAGAUCCCGUGAAAGCCUUGACUCUGGCAAUCCAGAAGAUACGGAUAAACCCCCAGACCCACCGGAUUCUGUUGUAGAGCCGCCCAAGUCUGAAAUAUCCGCUGCAGAAACAUCGAAGAACAAAGACUUUUUACUCCGGCUAUUCGAAAGUAAAUUGUUCGAUAUGAGCAUGGCCAUCUCGUAUCUGUUCAACUCGAAGGAACCCGGUGUCCAGUCGUAUCUGGCGAACAAAUUGUUUUCGUUUCCGUUUGAGGACGUCGAUUUCUAUCUGCCACAACUGGCCACGAUGUAUAUAGAGAUGGGCGACGUGGCGGACGUGCUGAAGCCGUACUUGGUGUACCGGUGUAAGCAGAGUGCGGAGUUUUCCUUGCGGCUUGCAUGGUUAUUGACUGCUUUUAGUGCUGAUGUGAAAAGAUCGAAAGCUAUCAAGUUGAGAGACUCUAUUUUGGCUGAAGAGAUCAGACCCGCUGCUAGGAGAGGACACCAUAGGUCACAGUCAGACGCGUCAGCACUGCGGCUGGUCACCCCAUCGGGGAGACAUUUAGGGGAUCUAGCGUCGGGACGUGCGUUCGAUAACGGAUGUGUUUGUGGAGAACAGUGUUCAUGCGGCGCUCCCCGGCUGGCACCUCAGACACAGUUCUUGCAAGCUUUAACGAACAUCGGCCGACGGCUGGCCGGUGUGGCGGAUAAAGAACGCCGGAACGGCCGACUCCGGGCCGAGCUGGCCUCUCUGGACUUGAACCUUCCUGCUCGCGUCUGGUUGCCUCUGCACCAUAGGCCACACUGCGUGCUUAGGAUACCGCCGCAUGCUGCUGCCGUGCUGAAUAGUAAAGACAAGGUUAGUAAUAAUAUAAAAGAAUCAUGGGAAAGCAAGUUGGCAAGAAUGCGUUCGUCGUCGCCUUAUGGCUCGCUCGCCGGAUGGCGGCUGUUAGGUUGUAUCGUGAAAGUCGGCGACGACUUGCGGCAAGAGAUGCUAGCAGCACAGCUACUGAGGCGGUUACAAGCCGUAUGGGAUCUGGAACGUGUGCCUCUGAGAUUGCAUCCUUAUGAAAUACUCUGCCUUGAUAAGGAAUCAGGGCUAAUUCAACCGGUGCUAAACUCGGUAUCACUGCACCAAAUAAAGAAACAGUCUGGUGCGUCUCUACGUGCGUGGUUGGAGCUCGAGCACGGGCCGGCGACCAGCGAAGGCUUCAUGCGCGCGCAGAACAACUUCGUCGAGUCAGCUGCAGCCUACGCAUUAACUAGUUAUCUAUUGCAGCUUAAAGACAGGCACAAUGGAAACAUUCUACUCGAUAGCGCGGGCCAUAUCAUUCAUAUUGACUUUGGAUUCAUAUUCUCGAUAUCGCCUAAGAACUUAGGAUUUGAAAGUUCGCCUUUUAAGCUAACUCAAGAAUUCGUCGAGGUAAUGGACGGCGAGAACAGCGACAUGUUCCAGUAUUUCAAGAUUCUCAUAUUGCGCGGACUCAUCGCUGCAAGAAAGCACUGUGACCAGAUAAUACACAUAGUCGAGCUCAUGCGCAUGGGCGGCCAACUGGCCUGCCUCCGCAGCAGCAGCGCCGUGUCCUCGUUCCGGGCUCGCUUCCACCUGGGCAAGACAGAGCCACAGCUGCAAACACUCGUCGAUCGUUUGGUCCGCGACGCGCAACACUCGCUCUCCACGCGUCUUUAUGACAACUACCAGUACUAUACCAACGGCAUAUUGUAAUAGAACCUUAUGACAUGACGCCAUUUUUCCUGAAGUAUUGGAUUCAGUAUUUGACUUGUCAUUUUGCUGUCAUGCCAAAAAAGCGCAAUACUCGUAAGGAUGAGGGACAUAAUCGUGUAAAUUGAAAGCCAGUUACUAGGUUUCCUAUCCUGCAUAUUCCUGAAAUUCAAUAUUGGAUUCGGAAGUUCAUGAUAUGAUAUUUUACUGUAACCUUUGAACUGGAGUUCAAUUUACACGGUCAGGGGAGCCGUGUACGAACGUGUACGCGGCUGUACGUCAUAUUUUAAGACUGCAGUGGAUCUGAUGCUUUCAUUUGUUGCGCUGUUCACACUAGCCUGUUAUUUGAAAAAACCUGACGAUCAGCUUUAAAUAUUAAAUCUUAUACAUUUACGAAAACCAUUAAAUUGAACCAUUGCGAAUGGGUUUUGAAAUGUGUAGGAUUGACAUAUCACUGAAUAUCAGGCAGAUUUUCGGGUUAGAUGAUUAUAGCUAAACCAACUUGUAGAUAAAUACACAAGGCAGACAGCUCAUUAACGGCCAUAUUUAAUCCAGUUAAAUGUAACUCUGUCGUCAGAUGGCACCGCGGCACUGACUGACUUUUUUAAAUUGCAACUAAUUAAAUAAGACUAGUAACAGAAGGAAUAUUACUGAUUGCAGAUUGGAACAUCUUGAGAUGUUCGGUUGGCCAAAAGAUUCUAAGAUGUGAAGAUUUAGCUAGUUCUUUCAUAUAGUUAUAUUUAUAAUGGCAUAACCAAUGAGGGCUACUAUUGUAAACGUCGUCUGAGAGAAAACUUAUAGAUAUUUAACUCCAACAAUCUCGAUUUUAACGAUAUUUUCAAGGUUGAUAUCAAAAGUACCUUCGAAUAUUUUCGAUAAUUUCACGAAUAAAUCGUACAUUGUCCUUAUAAGAAGCUUCAUAAUUUGUACCUUCAUUGGCUAAGUGAGACCAAAUCAAUACGGAAUAUUGACAUUGUGUUUGGUAAUUUUUGUUUCUUAUAUUAUUCUUCAUAGUCACCAUACACCAUUAUAUUUAUUGCCAAAAUUAUUUGUUAUCAAUAUUGUAUUUAUUACUUUUUAGUAUUGAUGUUUAGUUUUAUUACGAUUUACUAGAUGCUGUGAAAUAUAGCGAGUUUGCUUCAAGAAAUAUUUCGAUGACACAAAGUAUUGUCAUUAUUUGACAUGAUUCGAAUUAUUUAUAUUAUGUACUCGUACAUUUACCAUGAUCUAACAUACACACCAAUACUGUCUCGUCAUGGUAGAGGUAUUCAGUGUCGCUACACAAGUUAUUUUGAAUCCUACACGUACGUUUUUUUUUUAAAGAAAAUGUAUAAGUGCCAUAAUUACUGUCACUCGCUGUACCUUGAAAAAUGAUAUUAGCUCAAUUGUCUACACGUUGAUUAAAAAUUUAACGCAUCCUGUUACCCGUCCAUUUAGUUACAUUUUAGACCCAGUAGUGCUCGAUAAUUUAUCACGGUUCACGUGAUAUAAGAGGCGAUAAAUAAGGCAUCGCUUGUCUACUUAAUACUUUAUAAACAUGGCAAUUAUGAGUCAAGUCUGCUGAGUUGCAAAGAUGCCUCAUUUUAUCGUGCCUCCAAAUUUAGUUAGUGUGUGCAAAAAAAAUGUUUCUUGUAUAAAAAAGGUCUGCGCGUAGAUUUUAAAAUACGAUUAUCUGAAAUCAAUACUGUAUAUAGUUAAAAAUUAUGAUAAUUUCUGCAAAGAGAAGACUGAUUGUUCAGGCAUGAAGGGAUUAGUUUUAGAUUUCCCGAUUAAAUUUAAGUUUUACCCUGUAUAUUGAAAAUUAGUUGUGUAAAUGAUGUAUGGUAUCUGCAGCAACGUGGUUAAGUAUAUGCCAAAGCAUUGAAGAUAACUAUGGCGCUAGAUAUAAAGUGUAUUAUGCAAAAUUAUUGUUAUGAUAUGAAACAUGUUAGAUAGGCGUCUGUCAGAUUCCAUAUUAGUUGAAUGAAAUUAAAUAGCGAAACGAAAUAGCAUUAUAUCAACAUUGUUGUGAAUGUUUUGUCAGUGUAAAAAUCGUUACUUACGUCGUGAAAACUCCGUAAGAUUUCAGUAAUAAAUUGUUUGAAGAUUACAGAUAGAUGUAUUAUUAUAAAUACAUUUACUUCGAAAAUGCAUAUGAUUUUGUUACGUAAGUAAAUCGAAAUUAUUGAUCCUUAUGUAAUCGGACGUUAGUUGGUAUAUUUAAAUUACAUUUGCUUAAUAUUAAAUGGGAGUGAGACUGUUGCCAAAUUUUAAACAAUAACUUGACAUACAAUACACGGGUCUAUAUCGCUUGUAUUUUUCGAACUGUUCACAAUUUUCAAGAAUGAUAUACUAUUUCUAGUAUUAACUUGAAUCCAUAUUUACGAUUUUUAACAGAUUACAAGUUAUAGUAAACCCGUUUUUUGGAAUUAUCCAUAACUUAUUUAUAUCAAAUCUUUGACUAUAUUAAUUCCAUUUUUAUUCGUGCGAUUGAAUGUUCAUUGUUGUGGUUUGACUUAUUGGACUUGUAGAUAGCGCAUCAUUAUUUUAUUUGAAUUUAAUUUAAAAAUGGCGUAUUGUGUACGCGUUAUUGUGUGUAAAUAAAUGCUCUCGCUUAAAAUGAUUCCAGUUAAGAACAUUACCUACAUCCAAAGUCCAAAAAUAUUUUUUCUCA